AUGACCGAAACCGAUUGCACGAAACGGCCACUCCAAAUGCCCGAAAGAUUUAUACCUUACCUUGACAAACAUAGGAUUUAUAAGUUGUUCAAGGACAUGAUAAGGGACUUGAUAAUCAAUUUGCCAAGAGACCACAUCAAACACAUGAAGAUAUACCUGUCUCAUCAUGUGUAUAUCAACAAGGACGUAGACAGGGUUAUGUUACUCAUCGAACCUAAACUGACUUUUGGAAUUGAAGCACUAGCGAGACAAUUGAUAAAAGAUCUAGGAUGCUUCGUGAUCACUCGCCGGUGCGUGAUGGAUCGUUACGAGAAACACGAUAAUUACGAGCCGGGGCACGUGUCACCCGUUCUUAUGUCCGAAGUGACGAAAUGUUUGGCAUUGAAAGAUCCAGUGCCACAUGCUGGUUGGCUUAUGUUUGAUCACCCGUGCACGGUUCGAGAGGCUCGUUGCUUACAACAAGACGGCGUUCUUCCAACCGUCACUCUAGUUCUUAUGAACACGCCUCCACCUGCCCCACCCGCUAGUAAUGAUCAUACUUCUGCCAGAAACUUUUUUCAACAGGACUUCGAGGGUCUCAAGUAUGCCUAUAGGGCAACAUUGAAGGAAGUGCACAUUGAAGAAGAAGACGACUUAGAGAAAAUAGUCAGUAAAUGCUUGAACGCAGUGCGCGCCUGCUCAACCGGGGCACAGGGCCCUAAACAGGGCUUCCACGUGGUCGGUGCUCCAGGACUGUACCGCGUUGUUCUGCUGGGUCCCUCCGGGUCUGGCCGCAACUCACAGGCGCGCACACUCGCUAAGCACUUCGGAUUGGUUUACUUGUCCUUUCAAGACAUAUUCAAUGAGGCCAGGGAGAAAGACAACGAGAUAGGUGCACGAAUUCGUAAGUUUGGCACCAGCAUCCAAGUGAGGGCUGAAGUAGUCAAGGAACGCUUGCUCAGGAAGGAUUGCCUCGAAAACGGGUGGGUACUAGCGGGGUACCCAACCUGCGGGAACGACUUUGAGCUGCUCGAGAACCAUUCUACUCCUCCGAACCGGAUCAUAUUCCUGAACGCGGAUACAGAGACAUGUAAGGCGCGCAAGUUGGCUAAUGGUGUGGACUGGUGUACCGGCAAAACUGUUCCCUUUGGUGGGCCAAGGGUUUUGCGCCACCCUCAAGAUAACGAGGAAGUGCUGGAUUACGAGCUCGAUGCUUACUUUUCUGACGCCCUGGCGGAACUACGCGCCGCGGCCGGCUUGUCAGCCGAGGAAAUAGACGCCAACGAGCCUUUUGAUAAGGUUCAAGUAAAGAUUCAAGCAGCCGUCAUCGCAGCACCGAUCUUCGACAUCGAAGCCUGCAGCCAAAUCCGCAAUGCGCGUGGAGAUUAG